GACCAUGAUUUCUUUCAUCAGACUGCUGGACAAAAAUGAUACUAUAUCGCUAGCCGUAUGACCAACAAUCUCCUGUCCAUUCCACUACAGGCCACUGCUUGGAAGACUCGUUUUACUAAGGACCUAACGCUAUAAAUAUCAGCAUUUGCGUAGGCUAUCGGCAUGAACGCAUGGGAGCGCAGACUCCGGUUCAAGAUCGCAUAUAAAGCUGGGAAGCAUAGACCUCGUCCUUCACUAUCCCUCGUAAUGGCUCCCAGAACCCAUGAACAAUUAGUCGCAAACCAAACUAGACCCGCACCCGCCGUUGUUACCGCCGACCUAAGCGGGAAGACACUCGUCCUGAUUGGCGCCAACACCGGUCUGGGAUUCGAAGCUGCGAAGCAUUUCGCUAGGAUGAACCCUGCGCGGCUAGUGCUGACUUCAAGAGAUGAAGCAAAGGGGAAGAAGGCUCUAGCCCAGAUCGAGGAGGACACUGGCUAUACCAAGGCGGAGCUUUGGAUCAUUGAUCUCACGAGUUUCAGCAGCGUCAUCGCGUUCGCUGACAAGGCCGAACGGGAACUGGGCCGAUUAGAUAUUCUUGUGGAGAAUGCCGGUGUCGUAAUGUGGGAAUACGAACAAGUCGAAGGUUGGGAGAAAACUAUGCAUACAAAUAACCUCGGUCCCGGAUUACUCGCUAUUCAUCUGAUCCCCAAGAUGCUCGAAACGGCUCGCAAGCAUUCCGUCAACCCAAGACUGGUGGUCGUCGCCAGCGACACGCAUUAUUGGACGACGAUUGAAAAGGACGUCAUCGCUUCUCCCAAUAUCCUCGUGAAGCUGUCAGACAAGGAUUAUUGCACAAAAGAAGUAAUGAAACGCCGAUAUUCUGAUACCAAAUUGCUCAAUGUUCUCUUUGCCCGCGCUCUGCAGUCCCAUGUCCCAACGAUCACCGUUAACUCUGUUAACCCCGGGUUCUGUUUCUCGGGCCUCGGAUCUGGUGCUCCUCCAGAGGAGGCCGAACGCCUAGAAAAGAUGCGAAAAGAGCUAGCGUUCACUACAGAAGAGGGGAGCCGGCAGCUAGUAUAUGCUGCCGUGGGGUCUCCAGAUGACGAGGAGAAGCUUCGGGGAAAGUAUAUUCACUUGUCUGAAGUCGUGGAGGAGAGUGACUUUGUGAUCAGCGAGGAUGGCAAGAUCAUGCAGGAUAAGGUUUGGGAGGAGAUGUUGGAGAUUUUUGGGAAAGUUGAUCCUAAGAUCCCGGAGGUGGCUAAAGCUCAUCUAGCGAAGGCCUGAUAUUCGCUAGUUGAUGAACAUGUAGGAUGUAGGGUGAUGAGUGAUGACGCGUCGGUUUGCAUCAUCAUUCUCUUCGUCUGUUUAAGAAAGCGAGCUGGUGUUAAUUUGGUUAAACCUAUACGUUAUUAUCUAUCAUGCACCACUCAGUUUUUCGUCUUAUACUAUGUCGAUUCGAUUGUCAGGCCGGUCCGCGCCGGCCUAUUUCUAGGCGAUUUCUUGGUGUUUUAUAUUGUAUAUGCCCGAAUCUUGACCUGUUCACGCUGAACUGACAUCCUAUACGAUUUCGCAAGGGCAGAAAAAAGCGUUCGCCCUUCUGUUGUUCCUCACGAAGUUUGUAAUGUUUUGCUCACGUCGUUCAAUCUUUCUCUUUCGCCAAAAUCAGACCUGUUUACACUUACUAUGCUUGCGUG